UACAAUUUUCUGUUUCUGCCGUUGGGAAUCCCGGCAAGGGCGAGAUAUCCCCAGGUCGUCGUCGUUUUUCACCGGCUAAAAUGCCCUCGAGGGACAGGAUAGCCUACUUCUACGAUGGUGAUGUAGGCAAUGUUUACUUUGGGCCAAACCAUCCAAUGAAGCCACAUCGUCUUUGUAUGGCACACCAUCUUGUCCUGUCAUAUGAGCUCCACAAGAAGAUGGAAAUAUAUCGGCCUCACAAGGCUUACCCUGUUGAACUUGCUCAAUUCCAUUCAGAAGAUUAUGUUGAAUUCUUACACCGAAUUACUCCUGAUACUCAACAUCUCUUCAGCAAUGACUUGGCAAAAUAUAACCUUGGAGAAGAUUGCCCAGUGUUUGACAACUUGUUUGAGUUUUGUCAAAUUUAUGCUGGGGGAACAAUAGAUGCUGCACGGAGGUUGAACAAUCAGCUUUGUGAUAUUGCCAUAAAUUGGGCUGGUGGAUUGCAUCAUGCAAAGAAAUCUGAAGCAUCUGGCUUUUGUUACAUUAAUGACUUAGUCUUGGGGAUUCUAGAACUCCUCAAGUAUCAUGCUAGGGUUCUAUAUAUUGAUAUAGAUGUGCAUCAUGGAGAUGGAGUUGAAGAAGCCUUUUAUUUCACUGAUAGAUUCCAGGACCAUGGAUUCAGCAAUAUGGAUUGUCUCAACUGUGUUGAAGGUGAUGACUGUCAGUUUUCACAAAUAUGGGGAUAUGUUCUUUCCUGGAACUGGUGAUGUUA